AGCGAAAUUGUGACUUGUGAGGGAAAAUUACUUGCAUAGCGCUAAAUACCUACAAAGUGGUUUUUAGUAGUGCAUUUUUUAUUUACAGUAUAUAUUCUGUAUUGUCUCUGUAGAAACAAUGGCAUCUCCAUCACCUAAAUCUCCUGAACAAAGCGAGAAGAACAAACAAUAUGACCGGCAACUUCGUUUGUGGGGAGACCACGGACAAGCGGCUCUGGAAAAAGGACAUAUUUGCCUGAUCAAUGCUACUGCCUUAGGUACCGAAGUCUUGAAGUCCAUAGUCCUUCCUGGUGUGGGCGCCGUUACUAUAGUCGACGAUUUUACUGUGAGUGAAGAGGACAUUGGAAGUAACUUUUUUUUAGAAACCUCAAGCAAAGGCUUGAAUAGAGGAUCUGAAACAUUACGUCUUAUCUUAGAAUUGAAUCCUGCUGUUCAAGGCCAUGCAGUCCAGGAAUCAACUCAUCAAUUAUUGCAAGCAAACCCUGACUUCUUCAAGACUUUUACUGUAGUGGUUGCUACUGCUCUGGAAGAGAAAACUAUUAAAGAAUUAUCACAGCAUUUAUGGGAUAUUAAUGUUCCUUUUAUUUUGGCACGGUCAGUAGGCUUCCUAGGCUCAUUUAGGAUUCAAACAAAAGAACAUGCUAUCAUUGAGACUCACCCAGACAAUGAGCAACCUGACCUUCGCUUGGACAUUCCUUUCCCUGCUCUCUCCGAGUACUUGGACUGCAUAGAUAUUGAAGCCGUGGACUUAAAAGACCAUGGUCACAUUCCAUGGAUUGUCAUUCUCCAUGAAGCUGUGAUGAAAUGGCAAAAAGCACAGAAUGACACUAGAUGGCCUAUGAGUCGCAAAGAAAAGAAUGAAGUUAAGGAACUAGUUAUGGGGUUUAUUAGAAAGGAUGAAAACGGAAUUCCAAUUAGGGAAGAGAACUUUGAAGAGGCUCUUAGAGCUAUCAACACUGCUUUACAUCCUACAUUUUUACCAGUCAAUAUUCAAGAGCUGUUGUACUGCAGUAAUGCUACUAACUUGACAAAAGAGAGUCCACCUUUUUGGAUAAUGUGCUCUGCCCUCAGAGCUUUUAUUGAGGCUGAAGGAAAAGGCAAGCUUCCCCUGAAAGGUGUCCUACCUGAUAUGACAGCUUCUACUGAACAUUAUGUCAAACUGCAAAAUAUAUAUAGAACACAAGCUGCUUUUGAAGCAGAGGCUGUGUACAGAAAGGUACAACAAAUUGUCAAUCAAUUACAUUGUGAAUGCAUCAGUGAAGCUGAUGUAAAACUAUUCUGCAGGCAUUCACGUAACUUGCAUCUAAUUGCAGGCUCUAACAUUGCCAAUGAAUAUCAGAUGACUGCCUCUGUAUCUUCAUACAUAGCCAGGCAUUUGGAAGAGCCUGAUGUAAUGAUGGUGCACUACAUUCUACUGAGGGCUGCCGAGAUGUUUCGCUCGGAGCACUGUAGAGCUCCAGGAGAGUGGGAGCCAGAAGGUGAUAUUACAAGUUUAAAAACAUGUGUAUCAAAACUGCUUACAGAUAUAUCAUGUUCUCCAUUUCCCAAAGAUGAUCAUGUCCAUGAAAUGUGUCGCUAUGGUGGAGCAGAAAUACACAGUGUGUCCGCUUUUAUAGGAGGUUGUGUAGCUCAGGAAGCUAUCAAGAUUAUUACGAAACAAUACAAACCAGUUAGUAACACUUUCAUUUAUGAUGGAGCUUCUACAAGCACUGCUACAUUUACUUUCUGAAGUGGAAAAUAAAGAGAUUAAGUAAUUAAA